AUGCUGGUCACCCAUGCUCCGAGGGUCUCGGACAUCCCUAGAUUCAGCGGCGACGUGAGAAGAUAUCGGGACUGGUGGCAACAUUUCGAAUUUCUGGUUGACUCGAAGUCACUUCCAUUGACCGAAAAAUUCAGACUGCUGAAACUCUCAGUCACCGGCCAAGCAGCUCUAGCCAUAGCGGAUCUCAAACUCAUUGAAUCCAGCUACGAGGUCGCGAAGCAAACCCUGAAGGAUCGUUUCGGCAAAGUGAGGGAUGCCAACUCCGAGCAUGUGCUGGCAAUCAUGAAGAUCUGCGGCCAGAAGGAUCCACAGCGACACGAUAAGUUAUUGUAUUUCGCCACUCAGAUCUCGAUGAAUAUCAAAGCGCUUAUCGCCCUAGGUAGUUCGUACGGGACGUUGUCAACGACUAUCUUUCCGGUUAUCCUCGAAGCAUUACCCCAGUGGCGGAGAGAGCAGUUUUCCCUAUGGGUCAGGGACCAUCAUUCCGAGGACGAAUCGAGAGAGUGCGACCUGGAAAAAAUGAUGAAGUUUUUGGAACGAAUCGCGGACGCCGAAAGGGAAUCGGUGGGGUUCGAUAAAUCGGACUCCAAACCCUCGCGUUUCAGCGGUAAGAGGGAGUCGAGUCAACCCAAAAUCAAAUUUCCUCCCAAUGGCGACCGUCGUAACAAGUUCGAUCGUUCGUUAUCGAGCAAUCAGGGGGAUGCGAGUUUUCUAUCCCAACCUCAGAGCUUUGAAUCGACGGCCUUCGCGACUGGUCACUCGGCUGCCGUGGACCACUCAUGCAUUUUCUGUGGCGAGAAUCAUAUCAGCUUCAAGUGUAGGAAGGCCUUCACGGUGGAUGAGCGAUUGGCGAUGGUGGCGCAGAAUAAAGCGUGCUCGAAAUGCUUGCGUCGAAAUCACUCGGCUGAGCGAUGCAAAUUUCGUCUCCCGAAGUGUCCAGGCUGCGAGAAACGCCACUAUUUCGUUAUGUGUGACAAACCGCGGAACGCAGGGUCGGGUUCUCAUUCGGCGAUGCACUUUGCUGGGAUCAGCGAGAGAACCAGGUCUAAACAGACGGAGGUCCUUCUGACCGGUCAUGUAGAGGCUAAGAAUCGGGAGAACUCGGCCAUUUGCAGAAUAUUAAUUGAUCCGGGCAGCCAGAGGUCAUAUUGCUCUGAGUCUCUGGUUGAAAGGCUCAAAUCAACGAAGGUCGGCACCGAAUGGCUCAGACUAUUGACUAUCGGGGGCGCGAUCUCAGAGAUUCAGGAAUACGAUAUCCAUGUCAUUUCGCUGAAGAGUCGUUUCUCGGACGCGCGGAUCGAAGUGCGCUUCACCGUAUUGGCGGAAACUUCCAAGGGUACCCUCCCGGUCAUCCAAAACUCGCUCGGACUAUUUCCGGUCGCGGAUUCCGAGGAUCCUUCGUUCCCGAGGACGAUCGAGGUGGUUCUGGGCGCGAACGCCAUUCCAUCCCUCAAGCAAAAAAUUUCGCACGAGUUUAAAGAUAUGGUAGCGGUCGAUACCAUCUUCGGGUGGUUUUUCAAUGGACUCGACUCGGUCGACGAUUCGUCGGCGAUUUCUACGGCUCUUCUGGCCCUACACUCCGCCGAAAAGUAUCCAAUUCUGAACAACGCGAAGCGGGGUGCAGAAUUACCGGUUGGGCUCGAACAACAGAUCGAUUUCCUCUGGGACAUGGAACGGCUCGGCCUGACCAUGGAGAAAGACGACGACGAAACUGAGGGACAGCUUGAACGUUUCGUAGAGGAGACAAUUGAGAAGAGGCCAGACGGAGGCUAUACUGUUUCUCUCCCCUUCAGGGAGAAUGUCGGCUCCUUAGGUGAUAAUGAGAAGCUGGCUCGUAGCUGCCUUUCUCAUUUCUUGAAAUCUAAUCGGGAAAAUCAAAAGUUGAUCAUCGCCGUCGACAACGAAAUUAAAGACUGCAUCACGUCGGGUUUCGCCGAGCCAGCCCCGCAGCGCACAGAAGGGCAACCAGCUCACUAUCUCCCGAUUAUGGCCGUGGCAAAAAAGUCGAGCUUAGCCAAACCCGAACUCCCGAAAAUCAGAGUGGUCAAAAACGCAGCGGCCCGAAGUCGGGACGAAGCAUCUCUUAAUGAUGUUCUUCACUGCGGACCGAGUUUACUUCCUGAGAUUCUCAAGGUUCUGAUCUUCUUCCGCUCGCACAAAAUCGCCAUCGUGUCAGAUAUUCAGAAAGCGUUCUUGCAGUUUCAGAUAAAUCCGAAGCAUCGUACCUUCCUGAGAUUCUUUUGGCCGAUCGGGAUAGGGGAAAACCCUAACGCUCCCGUGAGGGAGUUCUGGGGAAGAUCAUUGGAAUUCGGCCUGGUUUGUUCUCCAUUUUUGCAUUGCGCGGGCUUGAGAUACCAUCUCGACUCUGAGAUCAGGAACCGCCCCGAGGAUGCGGAUUGGCUUCAAGAAGUCAGGAACUCGUUCUAUAUGGACGACAUUUUCUCCGGGGCGUCUGACGUUCUUGAGGGCAAGCACCGAGUUGAAACUCUAUCCCAGGUAUUCGCGAAUGGGAAAUUCCCUCUCAUGAAAUGGGCAACCAAUUCGGCGACUCUGGGUACGUUCAUGAGGGACCAAUUCCCGGAAGCUCAGGUGACUUUCCAAGACAGUAAUUUCAAGAUGCUGGGUAUCCUCUGGGAUCAACCUCAGGAUAAAAUCGGAGUAUUCGUGGACAACGCGUUGACACAACUCCGAGUCGAGCCUCCUACGAAAAUGUCAGUCCUCCGAGGUCUUUCUCAUAUUUUUGAUCCGCUGGGCGUCGUAGUUCCGAUUUCCAUAAACUUCAAGAUCCUCCUCCAGACACUGUGGAGCGAGAGAAGAGAUUGGAAGGAAGAGCUUUCGGGCGAAAAUCUCCAGGCUUUCCAAUUGUUCCGUGAUCAGCUCGAACAGGCAGGAUCCAUCCGCGUCGACAGGCUGGUUUCUUCUCAUCAGGGGAUCGUCCGCCGGGAACUGCACGUUUUCUCCGAUGCUAGUCUCCUCAGCUACGGAGCAGUCGUGUAUUUAAAGGAAUUCAUGGAGGACCGCCGCGCUCGGGUUACUUUCAUGAUGGCAAAGGCUAGGGUGAAACCGCUCAAGGGCUGUUGGAACAUCCAUCGAUUGGAGCUGCAGGCAGCCGUUGUAGGAGUCAGAAUUCACGAUAAGAUCGUGCAGGCUUUCAGAUCGUCGAUAGACGAAUCUAUUUUCCACUGCGAUAACGCGUCGGUUCUCGGGUGGGUCCGGGGCGAUAGUGACCGUUGGAAGGUCUUCGUUCAGAAUCGCGUUAAAGAAUUGCACGCGUCGUCCAGGGCAUCCAACUGGCGCUACGUUCCAUCGGAACUCAAUCCGGCUGACGUCCUCAGCCGGGGGAAGCCGCUUACGAAUCCCGCAGAUUUGCAAUUCUGGAUGAAAGGUCCUCCUUGGUUAUCGCGAACCGAGGAAAUGAAUUUCGAACAUAUACUCAAGAGCAAUCCUUCGGAGGAACUGUCCGAGGAAAGAAAGAAUUCCCCGAUCUCAAAUGUCUUAGGCGCGGAGCGCUGCUCUUCGUGGACAAGUUUCAUUAAGAGAGCGGCCUUUGCCGCCCGAUUCAUCCGGCGAUGCCGGAAAGCCCAGGUCGAGUAUGCUUCUCCAUAUGUCUCCUCGGAGGAAUUCGCGGAGACCGUCAUAUUCGUCUUCAGGGCAGUUCAGCGAGUCCAUUUCAGCAGCGAACUCAGGGAGGGUCUCCAAAAAAUCGCUAAGUCCAGCAAACUCUUCCAACUCCGCCCAUUCCUCGACGAAAACUUAGUCAUUCGAUGUCGCACUCGGCUCGAAAGAGCCAACGAGUGGACCUUUGAGCAGAAGUAUCCGAUUAUUCUUCCGAACUCGGAUCCGUCCGUCUGGCUCUACGUCAAUUGGAUACAUGCCGUCAAAUGCAUACAUUCAGGCGGAGUCAACGCGAUCCUCCACCAUCUCAGGUCGAUGGUUUUCGUUCUCGGAGCGAGGCGCGUUGCAAAGAGAGUAAUCAACCAAUGCAAAGUCUGCCUCAAAUUCAACGCAAAGAGAGCAGCGGAGGUCCCACCCCCACUCCCAGACUUUCGCACCGGGAUAGGAUCCGCAUUUUGCUCCGUGGGAGUCGACUUCGCAGGGCCUCUGUACGUUCGCAACGAUGCCGGCGUCAAGUCGAAAAGUUACAUCUGUCUAUUCGUCUGCAGUUCCUCGCGCGCAGUACAUCUCGAACUUGUCCCGGAUCUCACAUGCUAUGAAUUCCUCUUGGCAUUAAGGAGAUUCUUCAAUAGAUUUCCGUUUGUCUCGAGGAUUGUGUCGGACAAUGCCCUAACUUUCAAACGCGCCGACAAAGAACUCGCUCUCAUCAGGCAAUACGUCAAAUCAGGUGAUGGUCAGGCAAUCCUCGCUAAGUUCGACGUCCGAUGGGAAUUCGCCGCAGAGCGUUCCCCUUGGCAACAGGGCUGGGUCGAACGUUUAGUGCAAUGCGUCAAGCGUCCACUCCGGAAGAUCCUCGGAACGAAUGUUCCCCGUUUCCGAGAUUUGGCCACGACGCUGACUGAUAUAGAGAGCAUGAUCAAUCAAAGGCCCCUCACGUAUGUGCCGUCAGAGGUGGACGAGCCUAGGGCCCUCACUCCGUUCGACCUCAUCUUCGGAAAUUCAGCUAAGGUCACUCUUCCGAGAAAUUCCGCCCCACCAAGGUCUCCUGAAGACGCGGGCGCAGUAAUUUUUCAGGAGAGGUGGCGACGCCAACAAUCAAUUCUAGGUCUGUUUUGGAAACGCUUCGUGAAGGAAUACCUUCAAUAUCUGCGGAGUCUACAUUUUUCGAAACCAAUUGAGACUAGGGUCCCGAAGGUUGGAGAUCUCUGUUUACUGGAGGACUCGAGUCCUUCGAGAGCUCAUUGGCCGCUCUGCCGCGUCACAGCUCUCGUCGGAGGCAAGCGCACGGAUCUGCGGCAAAGAACAUGUUUUGUCAAAUUCGCGGACGGCCGAGUUCUCAGGCGAUCAAUUCAAAAUUUAUUUCCCCUCGAAGUUUAA